UUCUCUUUGUUGGUUUGGUUUUUAAUUUAGUAAAGAACUAGUUAUCUGGAUUUAAAUGAAUGAUGCGGCAUCUGUAGUCCUGCAAGUUGUGUGGCUGGGAAGGAGACAUCACUGGCUUUGUUCAGAAGUGUUUGUAGGUUCAGUGGUCAGGUGAAAGUUGUGGUCAGAGACAGCAGAGAUGUAGCUGUAAGUUAGCAUUUUCCAUCAUUGUGCUGAAGUGAGGGAUUCUGGAACGUGCUUCUUAUUAAUCGGCUGUGUGACCGUGGGUGAGUCCCGUCAUCUUUGUAGGCUGGACUUUGGGUGGAGCUCGUGUCCAUUUUAUCCUCUGCUGUAUCCCAGUCCCAGCUCAGGGCUUGGGCACAUGACAGUGCCUGCCUAGUAAAAACGUGUUGAAUAAACGAUUGUAAUACUUUCCUGUGGUCGCUGUGACAAAUUACCACAAAUCUCGUGGCUGAAAACAGCACAGAUGUGUUCUCUCCGAGUUGUGGAGGUCAGAAGUCUGAAAUGAAUCUUGCUGGGCUGAAAUCGAGGUGUCGGCUGGGCUGGGCUCCUUCUAGGGGAGGCUCUGGGGGAGAAUCCGUUCCCUGGCCUUUUCCAGCUUCUAGAGGCGGCCUGCAUCCCUCUGCUCGUGGCCCUCUUCCAACUUUAAAGAGCACCCCUCCGGCCUGUGCUACUGUUGUCAACCGCUUAGGGUCUGACCCUCCUGCCUCCCUCCUGUAAGGACCCUUGUGAUUACCUUGAGCCCACCCAGGUAAUCCAGGAUAAUCUCCCCAGCUCAAUAUCCUUAAUUUCAUCACACCUUUGCCUGAGAAGGGGACAUAUUCUCGGGUUCUGGGAAUUAGGACGUCAACGUUUUUGUUAUUCAGCAGGUCACACUAGUUUGUAAAGAGUGCCAGCAGUCCCUCAGUAUCCCAUUUAUAGCCCAUGGAAUGGUCUCCUAUGGAUGAAUAAAAGACUCCAUCCCUCUGCCGGAGCCCCUCCUUGGACCCCCGCUGGAGCUGUAGGGCCUCUUCAGGGCUGCCCUCGCAGGCUGCCCCAUACAUUUCCCACCUGGAAACCUUCAAAAGUGCUUAUUUAAGGCUUUUCCUUUUACACCCAGAGUCAGCAAGUUUGCAGGCCACUUGUCCUGUUGCAUAUUUUUUGUUUCUUUAAAAGCAGUAUGAAAAAUGUAAAAAAGCAAAUAAUUUUUAGCUUGAGGGCCUUACAAAACAGGCCAUUGGCUGGGACCCUGACUGGUGUUUGCCAGCCCCUGUUUUAGACUGAGCUGUGCAGGCUGGGGCCACGUGUGGCCGUCACCUUGGUGGCAGUCUCAAGGGCUUUUGUUCAUAGUGGAAUGUGUGUGUGCCCAUGGGUAUUGGGAGGGAUUCAUGUUCCUACCCCAGUGAUCUUUUCUGUUGGUUUGAUAUGACAAGUGUCUAAAAUUAAGAUCUCAUCUAGUCUUAAUGGAGAAGUUCAGGUUGUUUUCCAUUUGAAAGCCUAUUAAUUACUGGUCUGACACAGACACGAUACAGUCCCUUUCCUGGAGGAGGGGCUUACAGCCCAGUCGGGGGAAGCAGCCAGGGGAGGUUAUUACUAGUUCUGACUUUGGCAGAAACUCACUGGAUCCAGCUUCGGGGAGGGAGAUUUAAAGAUAAAGGGGUGUGUCCUGGAACCCUUGGCAUCAGAACUCGAAUUUGGACACUUUUGGCUGGUUUCCCUCCCUGUCAUCGCUCUUCCUUGCUCCUGGUACGUGAGGCAGGCACUGGGGAGGGUGGCUGGCAUCGAGUGCUCUCACGUGUAAACUUGGCGAGCACCUGAGCGUUUCUGCUGGUUUGUUUCUUCGUGGAGCCCUGUCUCCUGGACACUGCAGUGUGGUUCGCUUCCUGGGGAUUGGGUGCUGCACGUGAGCCUCUCCCUUGGCUGGCUCUUGCUGCACCUGGUAGGUGACCCCUGCACAUCCUGUGCAGCUCAGGACGCUCACCCCUAGGCAUCCAUUGAGGUGCCUGAGUGUUUCCGGAUACACAUUGCGUGCUUAUCUGUUCCUGUACCUGAGACAGUGACCAGCGGGUCUUGAGUAUCAGGUUUCAUGUGAAAUGAAUGAAAGGAUGGAUGUACCCAGCUCACUGGAUGUGCUCUUCUGGCCGGCGUGGCUUCAGAAUAGGAUCAAAUGACAGACCUUCGUGCUGCAGCUGCACCAAGUGCCUGUUAUGAGUCAUGGAUGUUUUCACAGUUACCUCCGUCCUGUCAUUUUACCGACAUGCCCAAACUGGUGCUUUAGCUUUCUUUUCCAUACACUAAUUCUAAUGGGAGGUAAUGGUCACUUGUACAAGUUUUAGUUUUCCAUGGUCAAGUUUAGAGCCAGUGAGGCCAAGGGUGAGGGUGGAAUAAAAGGCACUGGAGCUGGCACGUGGCCUUACUGAGUAUUGAAAUGGAUGAGCGAGGAAGUGAAUGAGGAAAGUGCUCCUAGAGGAGCCUGUAGAAAGUUAGAAGGUGGCAGAGGGGAAAAGCUUCUUCCUUGGUCGGUUUUUCAAGACGUUCUCUGAGUGGAAGGCAGGAGUGGAUGGUGAAGCCGCGGGGGCUCUGCACCGGGAGGCCUGCUCUCUGUUUGCCCCGUCUGCAUCUCGGAGUGCUGGUCCUUUAGUGUGAAAGGUACCUGCACCCGGCUGUUCCUGGGUGAUUUCCUGACUGUGUGCUUCCCUUUGCUUUGGGUUUGCUCAUCCUUGAAAUGGACAGUAGCCUUCCAUAAGGACGACCUUAUUUUCGAUGUGACGCGGAUGUGCUACAAGGGGCGAGCAUUUGUUUUUCCACCUUGCGGAGCUGUCCUUGACUCAGGGAGCAGACUCGGUGUGCAGAAGUUUACAUCUCAGUGUGGUUGGCAGAUCGGGAGCGGUGCCGAGAAAAAUUUCCUUACUAGAUGACAUUUCAUCGCAAUGUCCGAUCGCUUGGGGCAGAUAACCAAGGGCAAGGAUGGGAAAAGCAGGUACCCGACCCUCAGCCUGUUUGACAAGCGUCAAGGAAAGUCAGUAGACUCGGCCAGACCCUCAGUUAUUCCUAGACAUGGCUUACAGAGUCUCGGGAAAGUUGCCACAGCCCGGCGUAUGCCACCGCCUGCAAACCUGCCAAGCUUGAAGUCUGAAAACAAAGGAAACGACCCCAACAUCGUUAUAGUACCCAAGGACGGGACGGGAUGGGCAAACAAGCAGGAUCAGCAAGACCCAAAGAGUUCCAGUGCGACGGCCUCUCAGCCGCCGGAGUUGCUGCCGCAGCCGGGUUUGCAGAAAUCUGUCUCCAAUUUGCAGAAACCGACACAGUCGAUCAGUCAGGAGAAUACAAAUUCAGCGCCAGGUGGACCAAAGUCAUGGGCACAGCUGAAUGGAAAGCCAGCAGGACACGAAGGUGGUUUAAGGGCCUCAAGCCGACUAUUAUCCUUCUCUCCCGAGGAAUUUCCGACGCUGAAAGCAGCUGGAGGGCAGGACAAGGCUGGCAAAGAAAAGGGCGUCUUAGAUCUGUCGUAUGGGCCAGGACCAAGCCUCCGCCCUCAGAAUGUGACAAGCUGGAGGGAGGGCGGUGGGCGAAACAUAAUUUCUGCCACGUCUCUGAGCGCCUCCCCAACUGAGCUGGGCAGCAGGAACUCGAGUGCGGGAGACGGAGCCCCCUCCUCGUCAUGUACCAGCGAUUCUAAGGACCCCUCUCUCCGCCCGGCUCAGCCUGUCCGAAAAGGGGCUUCACAGUUCAUGGGGAAUGUAUACCACCCACCUACAUACCAUGACAUGCUUCCUGCUUUUAUGUGUUCGCCACAGUCAUCAGAGAACCAGGGUACAGUGGAACGAGGAUCUUUUCCCCUUCCCCAGCUCCGUCUUGAACCCCGUGUUCCUUUUAGACAGUUCCAGAUGAAUGACCAAGACGGAAAAGAAAACAGGCUGGGAAUGACUCGCCCGAUCCGUCCGCUGAGGCAGCUGGUGGAACGGGCGCCGAGGCCCACCAUCAUCAAUGCGGAGAACCUGCGGGGCCUUGACGACCUGGACACCGAUGCUGACGACGGCUGGGCAGGUGGGUGGGGGUGUUUGCUGGUGGGCUCACAGCUGAGGGUUUGGUCCUGGGAAGGAGAGCCCAUCCCAUCCUGGGGGCGCCGUGCCCGGGUUUUGAUGUGCAUUUCAUCUGAGACCGUCUCCUCUCGGCAGAAGUCCUCCGUGGGCAGUGUGUUCCGGCAGCAGUCUGUCGAGGACAAAGAGGACAAGCCACCCCCGAGGCAGAAGUUCGUCCAGUCGGAGAUGUCCGAGGCCGUGGAGCGAGCCCGAAAGCGCCGGGAAGAGGAGGAGCGCCGGGCCCGGGAGGAGAGGUUGGCCGCCUGUGCCGCCAAACUCAAGCAGCUGGACCAGAAGUGCAGGCGGGCUCAGAAGGCGGGCGGGGCCCAGGAGCCGGCGGGGAAGGAGGCGCCCCGCUCUCCAGGCACCCCACAGGAGAAUGGCCCAGCUGUCCGCAGAGGCUCCCCCGAGUUCUCUGCCCAGGAAGCCCCCAGCACGUUUUCGGAAGAAGCCCCUACAGCUCCUCCAGCUGUGGCUCAGAGCGGCGGCAGUGACGAGCGGGCCAGGGAGCCUGGGUCCCCCGCGCAGGAGUUCAGCAAGUACCAGAAGUCGCUUCCGCCCAGGUUCCAGCGCCAGCAGCAGCAGCAGCACCUGCCCAACUGGGUGUCUCUCCCUGGUCAGGAGCAGCUGUACAGGAUGCAGCACUGGCAGCCGGUGUGCCCUCCGCCGCCCCACCCGCAGCGCACCUUCUACCCGCACCAUCCUCAGAUGCUGGGCUUCGACCCCAGGUGGAUGAUGAUGCCUUCCUACAUGGACCCACGAAUCCCACCCACUCGGACCCCAGUGGAUUUCUAUCCCUCAGCCCUACAUCCCUCGGGAUUGAUGAAACCCAUGAUGGCCCAGGAUUCUCUCAGUGGAACUGGCUGUCGCUCUGAGGAUCAGAGCUGUGUGCCCCCACUGCCAGAAAGGAAAGUGACCACCAUCGAUGCAGCCCCUGUGUGGAGCCCCGAGGGUUACAUGGCGUUGCAGAGCAAGGGCUACUCGCUCCCCCACCCGAAAUCCAGUGACACUUUGGCCAUGGACAUGCAUGUCAGGAAUGAAAGCUCUUACUCUGCCUCACCUGGAAGGUCAGGGGGCGUAAGUGCCCGGCGCGAUCUCCUUGAGGAGAGAGGGGAGGAGUACUUGAGUGCUUUUGACAAGAAGGCCCCAGCAGACUUUGACAGCUGUGUCUCUUCUCAAAGAACAGGCCAGGGGAUUUUGUUUCCACCCCAAGAAAAUGUUCAGGAAGCAGGCGCGCCUGGGAGUCACACCCCAAACCUCAGGUGUUCCACACUGGAGCCCGACUUUGCCCCGGCUGAGAAAAAACCAGAGUAUAGCGAUUGGGACGUGAGCCGCCAGCCGAAGGCCGCCGACCCAGACACCAGGGUCGAGAAAGAGGCGCCCCAGGAGGAGCUGUCCUUCAGUGUCUCCUCCUGGGAGAAGGAAGGGAGCCCUGGCAAACAGCCGGCCCUGGAGCCCGAGUGGACACCAGAAGCCCGGGGCACCGGCAGUCAGCACCCGGAGCAGACCAGCAGGACCCGGAGGUCCGGCCCCAUCAAGAAGCCCGUCCUGAAGGCCCUGAAGGUGGAAGACAAGGAGAAGGAGCUCGACAAGGUGAAGCCGGAGCUGGGAGAGGGGAGCGCCCGCCUGGCUCGGGAGACGGGGCCCGUUUGCGAGGCGGCCGAGGACCAGGACCAAGAGAAUGCCCCCGCGCUGGCCAGCGUGGCCCCGGCCGCCUCAGAGGACCGGGGCUCGGCCCGUGCUGCCUUGGGCCGCGAGGCCAGCCGGCCGGAGGACGAUGGCCAGCCCGACGGGGCCCGGGUGGCCAGCCACACCCCCCCUACCAGGAGGAAUAACUGGAUCUUCAUUGAUGAGGAGCAGGCCUUUGGGGGCCGGGGGCAGGCCCGGGGCCGCGGCCGCGGGUUCCGAGAGUUCACUUUCCGCGGGCGGCCCGCGGGCGGCGGCCUCUGUGGCGGGGGCGUCCUUGGGGCGCGGGGCCUCUAUGGCGGCAGCCAGAGGAGCGGCCGCGGCCGGGGACCGCGAGAGUUCGGGCUGGCAGAUGACUUCCCCCGGGCCAAGCCCCGGCGGAGGAUCGCCAGUGAGACCCACAGCGAGGGCUCUGAGUACGAGGAGCUUCCCAAGCGGCGACGGCAGCGGGGCGCCGAGACCGGGGACGAGGGCGCGCUCCCGGAGAGGGAGGAGGCCGCCGGGAGGAAGGGUGACUUCAGGGAGUCCUGGAGGUCCGGCAGGAUGUGCCCCGAGGAACACGGCGGGCCAGAGGCCAAGAACCGAGGCCCGCGGGCCUUCGGGCGCGCCCUCCCCCCGCGGCUGAGCAACUGCGCAUAUGGCCGGAGAACCUUCGCGGCCAAGGAGGCGGCCCCCUGGCCGAGCCGGGGUCUGGGCGCCUCCUGGCAGGAGUCCGGCCCCCCCGACACGUGCGGGGCCCGGCGGCCCUCAGACAGAGACUACAUCCCGGACGCCUACAGACACCCCGACGCCUUGGGCACCCGGGGCUUCGAGGAUGGCCGUGUGGAGGACAAGAGGGCCUUCUUCCAAGAUGACCACGCGGCAGAUUCCGAAAAUGCCGAGAACCGGCCCUUCAGGAGAAGACGGCCCCCGCGCCAGGACAAGCCCCCCCGCUUCCGGCGCCUUCGGCAGGAGCGGGAGGCCCUGGGCCUGUGGGGGCCGGAGGAUGAGCAGCCCCUGCCAGCGGGCCAGUGGCCGGGCCGGCCCAGACCCUGUCCCGGGGACAGGAGCGGCACCACGGGCCGCAGGUCCCCCGAGCUCGCCUACCAGAACUCCUCGGACCACGCCAACGAGGAGUGGGAGACGGCCUCUGAGAGCAGCGACUUCAGCGAGAGGCGGGAGAGGCGGGACGGGCCCGGGCCCGGGCCCGAGCCCGACCCCCAGGCCGACGGCCUGCCCGGGGCGAGCACGGGCGAGAAGAAGGAGCUGGCCAAGCGGAGCUUCUCCGGCCAGAGACCCCUCGCUGACAGACAGAGCCGGAAGCUGGAGCCGGGAGGGUUCGGGGAGAAGCCUGUUAGGCCAGGUGGCGGUGAGACUUCUCCCCGUUAUGAGAGCCAUCAGAGUGGGACGCCUUUGAAAGCCAAAAGGUCCCCGGAUGACAGCUUGCCUGGAGGUCUCGGCUGCAGCAGUGGGAGCGGCCACUACACGCUGGAGCGGGCAGCCCAUGCCACCUCUGACAUCCCUGAAGCCUCCUGUGAGAAGGCAGAGAAGGAGGCCCAGCUGGCUGCCCAGAGGGCAGGCGAACAGGGAGAGACCAUGAAACCGUUUGACCUGAACUAUGGAAAUGCCGGCGUUGAAAACUGCGGAUCCAGCCCCGGAGAGGAGGGUGAGGUGGGCUCUGUGGUGGGGGAAGGCUUCAUCGAAGUCCUGACCAAGAAGCAGCGCCGUGUGCUGGAGGAAGAGAGGAGAAGGAAGGAGCCAGCCGUGCAGGUACCUGUCAAAGGCCGAAAUCUUUCCUCUCGUAUUCCUCCUCGGUUUGCGAAAAAGCAGAACCACCUGUGCCUGGAGCAAGGUGAUGGAGCUGUGCCUGGCAGUAGCCUGGGUACCGAGAUCUGGGAGAGCAGCGGCCAGGCCCUCCCCAUUCAGGCCUCGACCGGCGACUCCUGGGCCAAAGCCGCCACUGCCUUUGCCGGCACCGAGCCCGGCUCUGCCGAGCAGGGCUUUAAGAGCAGCCAGGGAGACAGUGGCGUUGACCUGAGCGCCGAGUCUCGGGAGUCCUCAGCGACCUCCUCGCAGCGCAGCUCCCCGUACGGCACUCUGAAACCGGAGGAGGCGAGCGGGCCUGGCCUGGAGCCCAAGGCCGAUGGCCACAAGGAGCAGACUCAGAAGCAGUCAGAGCCGAAGGAUUCCGAACAAGGCUCAGGACAGAGCAAGGAGCACAGACCAGGCCCCAUCGGCAAUGAGCGGUCUCUGAAAAACAGAAAGGGCUCCGAGGGGGCUGAGCGGCUGCAAGGGGCUGUGGUGCCCCCUGUCAAUGGGGUGGAGAUUCACGUGGACUCUGUGCUGCCAGUGCCCCCCAUUGAAUUUGGAGUCAAUCCAAAGGACUCUGAUUUCAGCUUGCAGCCCGGUUCUGCCUCUGGUCCCGCGGGGAAUCCAGUUGUCAAACUUCAGGACGCGUUGGCCAGUAACGCUGGGUUGGCACAGAGUAUUCCCAUCCUCCGGCGCGAUCAUCACAUCCAGAGGGCCAUUGGCCUCUCCCAGAUGUCCUUCCCCACCGCUGACCUCACUCUGAAGAUGGAGUCUGCGCGCAAGGCUUGGGAGAACUCACCCAGUUUGCCGGAGCAGAGCUCUCCAGGAGGCACUGGCUCGGGCCUGCAGCCCCCAUCCUCCGGGGGAGCCUCCAGCGGGGUCACCUACAGCUCCUUCGGUGGGGUCUCCAUGCCUCCCAUGCCCGUGGCCUCGGUCGCACCUUCUGCGUCUCUUCCAGGCAACCACCUGCCACCUCUCUACCUGGAUGGCCAUGUGUUUGCAAGUCAGCCCCGGUUGGUUCCUCAGACGAUACCUCAGCAGCAGAGUUACCAACAGGCUGCCGCUGCCCAGCAGAUCCCGAUUUCCCUUCACACGUCUCUGCAAGCUCAAGCCCAGCUCGGGCUGAGGGGCGGGCUCCCCGUCUCCCAGUCUCAGGAGAUCUUCAGCUCCUUACAGCCCUUCAGAUCUCAGGUGUAUAUGCACCCCAGCCUGUCACCGCCCAGCACCAUGAUCCUCUCCGGAGGCACAGCCUUGAAGCCCCCCUACUCGGCGUUCCCAGGCAUGCAGCCCUUAGAGAUGGUGAAGCCCCAGUCCGGCUCGCCCUACCAGCCCAUGAGUGGAAACCAAGCCCUGGUCUACGAGGGCCAGCUCGGCCCGGCCGCCGGGCUCGGCGCCUCCCAGAUGUUGGACUCCCAGCUCCCGCAGCUGACGAUGCCGCUGCCUGGCUCCCAGCUGCCCCUGCCUCGGUACGGCUCUGGGCAGCAGCCCCUGCUCCUGCCGCAGUCCAUCCAGCUGUCACAGGGGCAGAGCCUCUCUGUCGGGGCCCCCCGAAGAAUGCUCCCACCUGGCUCCCAGCCUUCGGUCCUUAACACCAGCAGAGAGUCCUCUCAGAUGGAGAUGAAGGGCUUCCACUUUGCCGACAGUAAACAGAAUGUUUCUUCAGGAGGCUCCAUGCCAUCACCGCAGACCUACAGGCCUAGCUCUGCUAGCCCCAGUGGGAAGCCCUCUGGAUCAGCAGUUAACAUGGGCUCUGUGCAGGGACACUACGUUCAACAGGCAAAACAACGAGUGGAUGAAAAGCCCAGCCUGGGAGCCGUGAAGCUGCAGGAGGCCCCCUCAGCCGCUUCCCAGCUGAAGCGAACUGGAGCGAUCAAGCCCCGGGCGGUGAAGGUGGAGGAGAGCAAGGCCUGAAGAUGCUGGGCCUGGCCUGCCCGGAAGGACUGCCGCCCCUCGACCUCGCUGCCACCGGACGCUGGGGAGUCUCCCAGGUGGAUCCACCGUCCACCGACCUGGCCCGGACUGCGAGAUCUCCCUGCUCUCCUCCACUCCUGAAAGCUCCGUUGUCCAACCAGCUUGCACCCGUGGAUCUGUGGCAUUGACCUGCUUGGCUUUAACACGAAAAAAACAAAAAAGCAAAUGACUCCAUUCCCGCCUCCUUUGCGCCACGACCGUGGAGUGACCGAGCCGUCGUGCCGUGCAGAUUAACCCCGCCCUCCCCUCCUCAUCCUGCUUCUGGCGGCCACGGCGCCCUCCACCGAGCUUCCUUCCCUCCCCGCUUUCCAUCCCUGGGCACAGUGGUCUGGCAGCAGGGCCGUUUUAGUUGAGGCUUUUUGUUCUAAAAAGCAGCUAAAGGUUUUUACAAAAGAGAAAGGAAAAGAGAAACACAAGCUUCGUCUGUAAGAGCUGGACUUUUAUAUGUUCUUUGCCGUCCUCUCCCUGACCCCUCUUCUGUUGCGGUAGUUUCCUUUUAACCUCUCUCCUGUUUCAUUUGAUACAUCACUGCUGUGAUACCUUAAGAGGUGAUGCGUAGGAACGUGGCCUCUCCUCUCCUGCUCUCUGUGUCUCGGUUGGUUAACCUUUGAGGUUACUUGCAAAAGGAAGUGGUGACUUAAGACACCGCUCCUGAGCUUGGGAAGCGGUGGUGGGAGGGAGGGGAGGUGGGAUGGCGUUUUAGUCGGGAAGCCGCUGGCCUGGUGACCACAGCGACUUCAUGGGCGGCCCGGCCCGGUGAAGUUGACGCCGUUUUUAGCAUAAGAAUUACACAGAAUUUCUGUCUUGAACUCUUCAAAACUGGUGGGGACACUGACCGCUGGGCACCUGAGGUGAAUCAUGGAGAUAGAAGGCCCUGGCAUUUUCCAGUCUGGCCUGGACGGUGCGAACUGACAGCGCCAGCCCCCGUCAGUGUCUGCUUCUGGGACUCCAGCGCCCGCGGGGCCUGAUGUUUUCCCACGCGCUCCCUCCCCUCCGAGCUUCCCUCGUCCUUCCUGAGCUGUCCUUCCUGAGCUGCCUCCGUGUCUCUGGGUCCUCCUGUCCCUCCACCUCUCUCACAGCUCGUCACUGGAAGCCACGUACUUCCUCUGUGGUGACGGACGCGUGGACAGUUGUCACUAGAGACCGUGCACUUCAUCCGCGUGGCCGUGAGCGCAUGGACGGGGGUUUGGUUGGGUCUGCGACAGAGGCGUGAGCUCUGGGAGGCUGCUGGGAGAGCUUCCUUUUCUCCGCUCCCAGCAGCAGACCCAGGCUGUGGGGACAGAGAGGCCUGAGCUGGGCAGUGGGUCUCUUCAAGGACAGAGCAGUGUCCAAGGGGAGGAUGGGUUGCAGGGCUGACGGUGACUCCCGGAACAGCCUGGGUAGCCUCGUAAGUCUGCAGAGCUGCCUUUGUCAGAGUCUGUGUGAGGCAUUUUAUGCUAGGCUUUUGUUUUUAAGAUAAGAAUUAGAAGGAAAUCAUCCCAAAUUCUGUCAUUCCAAGGAAAGGCGAGGGGAAAUUUGAAGUUUUGCUCACGCUCUUGGGAGUAACUAACGCGCCAUCUACCUGCCGUUGCUGGCGGGUCCAGGGAAGACCUGCCUCGGAGAAUGGGCAGUAGGCGAUCGGGGGCGUGCCCCACAGAGUCCACCCGCAGUGUCGCCACAGGUGUGUGACAGUCACUCGGGCAGUGGCUCUAAGCUCUGUCCAGUGUGGAACACGGGGAAAGAAGCGCCUUGGGAACCGCCGAAGUCACUUGUUGCUCUUCAGUGCUUUAAGGAAGUGGGGGAGCAACAGCCUCCUGGCAGAGGGUGCAGGGCUCCUCCGGCGUCAUCCGGGGAGGCCGGUUUUCUGAAGGGUGCUUCGCUGCUUGAUCGAUAGUGUUCAGCGCUCCCCUCCUUGCCUCCACCCUCAGGCCUUACUUCUCACUAGCUUUUUUUUUUUUUUCUCCUUCAUCCCCUGACGCUUUACUCGGAAGGCCCUUCUUGAAGGGCUGCCCACUGGCUCACCUGCUCUUGUCUCCCUUCCCCCGCGAGUGCCUAGCUGCCGUCCCCGCACCCAGCCACCCUGACUGAGCUCCUCUCCGCUCCAGUCGCCCCUGCAGAGGCCACACACUCACUCUUAGAAACACGGCCAGACCCCUCACACCUAAUUCCAGUGCACAUUGUUUGUCAAAAGGAAAAAAGGCUUUCUCAUUUUGAAAUUGAACAGGACAGUUCUGGAUGCUGUUACAAACUCUCACGCUGUGUGCUUCAGGUGAACCUGCCAUCGGAGUGACGGUACUUCCUGUUUGAGAAAAAAUAAAAACGAAAGGGUCACCUGUUCUCCAGCCCUUUUCUCUACCCCUGUAUUUCCCCACCCCCACCCCCCAAUAAAAACAGAAAACACUAGAAUUUAUUUAUAUGUAUUGAUGUUGUAGGUCUAGGUGAAAAAAAGUAAAUGUUUCACUGCUCUAUUUAUAUAUAAUGUCUGAAUUAUUCUGUGCAGGAAAGGCCAGGAAAUUGCAUGUGAAGUUCAGUGCGUUUACCACCUUCGUGUGCCCAAGCUGCAGUCUCUUCCCCGCUGAGAUACAGAUUUUACAUUGAACUCUGGAGGCAGAGGGCAGGCCUUGGGCCCAACCAACACCCCGUCCCUUCCUUGGUCUGAUGAAAUGCAGUUUUUAGUGCAGAGAUGUCUUAAGGUGCAAUCUCUCUCCUCUUUUCAUGUGGUUUUAGAGCCAAGCGCAAGGUAGUAGGACUUAGGGUCAUAUUUUGCCUUCAAAUCCCCAUCCUCAGAGUGCGUGUCCAUGCCAAGGCCUCUGGCAGAAUGCCUUGGGCCUUUGGCGGGAACAGGUGGAGACUAGCGCUUAACCUUUUCUGCUGCUGGGGGUGGGGGUGGGGUGUCAGAGUCUUCUCGCUGCGCCUCUGCCUGCUAAAAUUACCCUCCCUUCCCAUGCUGGCCGCUUUGCCCUGGCCCGCUGAUGGUGCAGCCCGUUGUUCAGCAAGCCAGUGUCCUGCAGUAUGUCCAACAUCAGUUAGCGGGGUAAAAGCCAAGAGCAUGGGUCCAUGUGUCCUUGUCCACCCACUGAAGACUUCUUUGGCAUGUGUAUUUGGUCUGGUUCUCUUUGCUUCCCCUUUUUAAUCGUCAUCAUUAUGGUUUUCAAACAUGGGAUUCAUACGCUUUUGGCUUUGGGUUCCUUCAGGGGGAAAACUAAAGUACGACUAUUGCACAUUCAGAAAAUCUGGUUGGUCCAGUUCCAAAGCCACGGUCAUUCCAGCCACUGCCAGGGGAUAUUGGGGCAUCUUGUCAUUCAAUAACGGGCAUCAGUUCUCUCCGGCUCUGCCCUCGCCCUCCUGUCUUCUGGACCUGCUUUCUGGAUGGUUGAUGAGGUUGGUGACUGAUGGUCAAGGGCCGAGGAGGCCAAGGGUGCACACGAGGGCAUGGCCACGCCCAGAACUGGCCUGCCGAGGCAGUGUGUGGCCAACUGCUGAAGCCCCCUCCCUGCUGUGUGGUUCCCCUCCACCAAGUAGCUGCAUGUUGCCUCUCAAAUCUGCAUUUGUCCCAUUUCCCUUCCUGCAGAGCUAGCCUGGGUUAGAAGGUCUGUUGGAAAUGGCCUUUGGCAACCAAGGACACUAGGGUACUUGUUUGUACUGUUCUGUGAUGACUGGGAAAUGCAGACUUCCAGAAAGCCGGCUCUUCCUGUUUGAAAAGUGAACUGGACCUAAGACGAGCAGAUCACCCGGACAGGAAUGGCUCAGUGUUGGGGUCAGACACUCUGUCCCCCAGCCGUGCCCUCCACCGGGACCACCAGCGCAUAUUUGACUAGUGAUAUUACAACCUGCUGUUCACCAUUUCUCCAUCCCAGUUAGGUGGUCUCCAAGAUGGUACAGUGUCCCCGGGGCCCCGUCUUCAGCGUGCUACAAAGCCUCCGGGUGGAACUUUCUGUUAAGGCUCUCUGUGGAUGACUUUCUUCCAUUGUGUAAAGGGGUUCCUGUACUCCCAAGCUUUUGACCUCAUGCCUUGCAUAGUAAUAAGGGUUCGGGUUUUUUUUGUUGUGUUUUGUUUCCUUUUGUUCUUAUUUUGGCCUUUCCUGUGUGUCUUUUCACGUAGACCAGAUAUUUGAAAGGGCAGACGAUGGCUAAAGGUGUAACGUGCAGCUUGUUUCUACGUUGUUUGGGGGAGCUUCUACCUUGGAUGGGAAAUGGAACCGUGGAUCCAGCAGGCCAUGGUGGCACACUCACCCCUCACCCUUCCCUCCGGUUCAGUACCUACGGUUUCUCCUUUCAAAUAUGUGAUUGUACUAGCUCUUUCCAUACGAAAGAAUUCUCCGUAUUUAAA